AGUUCCGUACUCGCGAAGCUCCGAGUCGGAGCCGCGGCCCUCUAGAUAGGACGCGAUCGUUUCGAUAUAGCCGCCGAAUGGUUUCCCGGAUCCAGGGCGGCUUUGCGCGCGAGUGACACAUCAAACGAGCGACCGGCCGCGUCGUUUGGUGUUGACAGAUGUGUGACGUGUGUUGUUGUCGCUGCGGAUUCCGAUUUUAUCGACGACGGUGACGAUUAUUGGGAUGCGAGGGAGCCAACAUGGCAGAGAUAAUUGGAGACGCGAUGACGCGGUACACCAAUGCAGAUUUCGGCGACGACGACAGCGUAAACAGCGUCCAGUUGACGGAGGGCAUCAGCACCAGCGCGACCCAUAUAAGGUACCAUCCCGGAGCCAAACUGUGGCAGGUCAGAUCCACCUUAGAAAGAAUACUAAUAUUUUUGGGUGCGUUCCUUUUCAUGAUAGUCAUAGUAUUAUCUAUAGUCAUCAACGUCAUCGAGCACCACAUGCAAGAGACCAAAGAUAGAUACACCAGAUUGGAAGAGGACCUGCCGUGUCUUAACCAAUCGUGCGUUCACGCGGCCAGUCACAUGAUGGAGGCGAUGGCCUUGGACGUGGAUCCCUGCGACGAUUUUUACGAGUACUCCUGCAGGAAGUGGGUGAAGGCUAAUCCCGUACCGGGGGGGAAGAGUAACUGGGGCACCUUCAUGAAGCUCGAGCAGCAGAACGGUCUCAUUAUUAAACGGGUCUUGGACCAGCCAGUAGAAACCUUCAAGUCCAAGGCGGAAGAGAAGGCCAAGAUGUACUACGAUUCGUGCGUCGACGUCAACGAGACUAUAGAGGCAAAGGGGGCCGACCCGAUGUUAAAGUUGAUCGAUAAGUUAGGCGGUUGGAAUAUAACCAGGGACGGGUUCAAAGUAAGCGAUAAAAACGACACCAUAGGCAAGUUCAACCUUACCAAUUGGUCGCUGCAGAGAACGGCGGAAAUCGUACAGAACAAAUUCCACAUCGGCGCCUUAUUCUCUUACGACGUAGGCGAGGACGACAAAAACUCCACGAGACACGUCCUCCAAGUGGAUCAAAGCGGAUUGGCUCUGCCGAGCAGGGACAACUACCUCAACAAAACGGACGAGCACUUAAAAAUCCUCAAGGCCUACAAGGACUACAUGACCAAGGUUGGGGUUUUACUGGGUGGCGAUUUGAACGAGACGUUAGAACAAAUGGAGGCUGUGGUCGAUUUCGAAACGAGGCUCGCCAAUAUCACCAUUCCCGACGAGUUGAGGCGGGAUGAAGAGAAGUUCUACCACAACAUGACGGUUGCAGAGUUGCAACUCCUGGCACCAUUUAUAGACUGGAGAUCGUUUUUCGGCAACGCUCUGCGAACUGUUAAUCGCAAAGUCGGUCCCAAGGAGCCAGUUAUCGUUUACGCUCCCGAAUACCUGCAAAAUUUGACGUUGUUGAUCAAAGAGUACCAAAGUAGUGAAGCUGGAAACAACACAUUGAACAACUACCUAGUUUGGCAAACGGUGAGAAGUUUCGUUCCCUAUUUGUCGAAGGUGUUCAGGGACGCGUAUAAGGGGUUGAGGGUGGCGUUGUAUGGCUCGGACGGCGGCGAAGAACCUCAGUGGAGGUACUGCAUACAAGACACCAAUACCGUACUAGGGUUCGCCAUAGGAGCGAUAUUCGUCAAAGAAGUCAUCCACCAAGACUCGAAAGCUCAGGCGGAGGAGAUGAUUAGCAACGUGAGGAACGCGUUCAAGAGAAACUUCAAAAACCUGGACUGGAUGGACGAGGAGACGAGGAAAGUGGCCGUGGACAAGGCGGAUGCUAUUUCGGACAUGAUCGGCUACCCGGACUUCGUCAAGGAUUCCGCGCAGCUGGACAACUAUUACGAGAACCUGACCAUCAGGGCCGAUAGUUACUUCGACAAUAACCUCAACAUCAACUCGUACAACUGGAAGAAGAAUCUGGAGAAGAUCAACGAACCGGUUAACAGAACCACGUGGAGUAUGGUACCGUCGAGCGUGAACGCUUAUUACACCCCCACCAAGAACCAGAUGGUGUUCCCGGCGGGCAUCCUCCAGAAUCCGUUCUACGACAGGUCGUUUCCUCCCAGUCUCAAUUAUGGAGCUAUGGGCGUGGUUAUCGGGCACGAGCUGACUCACGGCUUCGACGACGAAGGCAGGUUGUACGACAAGAACGGCAACCUCAACCGUUGGUGGAAGAACGAGACGAUCGCGAGGUUCAAGAACAGGACCAAGUGUGUCGUCGACCAAUACAGUCAGUACAGCAUCGACGGCAAAAACAUCAACGGUAACCGCACCCUGGGGGAGAACAUCGCCGACAACGGCGGCCUCAAAGCCGCGUACCAUGCUUACCUGGACCUAAUGAGGGACAAACCGGAACCUCAGAGGCUGCCCGGAUUACCACUCAGUCACCGGCAGCUGUUUUUCGUCGCGUUCGCGCAAGUUUGGUGCUCGACGAUCACCAAGGAGGUGACCAAUUUGGAAAUCGAACGGGACAGUCAUUCUCCGCCAAAGUUUCGAGUCAUCGGAGCGGUCAGCAAUCUCAGAGAGUUCAGCGAUGCUUUCGGCUGCAAACCCGGAUCGAAGAUGAACCCCCGGAAAAAGUGCGAGGUCUGGUAAACCUAUUCGGGGCUGCAAAGCGCCAAGGGUGAUACAAUCUUAUGUCUAGCCAAACGUUUUAUUUCGAAUUUUGCAUUUGUGGAAGGUAACUAAAAAACUGUUGAUGGGAAACCAUUGUUUAAGAAAAAAGUCCAUUACUUCGCUUUUAGAGAGAGGCUAAAGAAAUCCAUAAAGAGAAAGAGUGAGAGAUAGAAAGAGAAAGGGAUAGAUAGAGGAGGAGGUAGAAAUGAAAAAAAAAAUCAGUCGAAACUUCUUAGUGGAAACGCCCUUAAAAAUUUGAAAAAUUAUUUUGCACCAAAAAACGCUUAGAUUAAAAUAAAAAAAAAACUAUGUCUGCAUUUUGAACUUUUUCUCAUACAAAAUGGUUUCUCUUCGACCGAUAAAGUUUGCCCAGUAUAGUCUAUUUCCGUCAAAUGUAGAGCAGUGGUUCGCCACCUAUUUGUUUAAGGUUGUUAUAGGUGUUAUAGUUACACCCCAAUUUCAGAGAGAAUGCUGUCUUUCGUACUUCGUACGCCAGGACAAGUAUAAGUUACUCUAAUGGCGACGCAGGCACAGAAUUUUUCAAACUACAGAUUGCUCUUUAUUUUUUUUCGUGUUUAUUUUGUUUUACCGAGUCAGUUUCAGAACCGGCGCACCAGAUUCUAGCUGCUGCCCUCUCUUCGUUGGUGAACGCAUGCAGAAACAUAUAAACAAAUAAACAACAUAACCUACAAAAAACAUUUUGCUUUUUUAUUAAAUAGGACGUGUUUUUUUUAUCGGAACAGCAAAACGGCAGUAAAACCUUUUUAAAAAUCCUAUCUAUCUACCUACUCUUCACGGAAAUAUGUGUAUAUCAAUGCUGAGGCAAAACUUUGUUAGUCGCAUUCGCAGAUCAUUGACCAACUAAAACUUCUUACAAAAAUCGCUAUUUUGAGCACAAGCGAACAAAGUACAACUUUGCUUUCCUGUGCUAAACAUGUUUUUUCCCACAACAGUAGAAUUUAUGCUCGCCAUUGCGAUUGCGCAAUGAUGCGAGGGGACGUUGCCAAGCGACAGUGCCAAUAACAAUACAAACAAAGCUAUUACCAUUUUCUACCGGAGACAACACGGUACGAGAGUAUGCACCCAGUUAUACGUCUGCGCAUUUUUGUGUGGAAAAAGGCGACUAUUUUCAGUUAAUUUUAAUCAACCUUGGCUUGAAAAAAUACCCUUUUUUCUCUUAGUUAUUCGAAAUUAGCAAAACAAUAGUUUAAUAUAAAAUAACAAUUGUAUGUAAUCCUUUAAGAUCAAAACCAUUUCCCGUUUCUUUGAUGACGCGUGAACAGGAUACGAAUUUUCCGUUCCGUUUAUCACGCGAGGUUAAAUAGGGUAGAUAAUUUAGGAGGAGCGGUACUAAUCCCAUCCAAAAUACCAUGCGAUAAAGCCAACGUAGCCACAGACAUACGAACAUUUGACUUCCUUGCUUGUUUACCAGAAUAAAUGUAUUUUCUGAUAAUUUCAAAAGGACUCACAAAAGUGCCUUAGAGAAAUUAGGAAAUUCGUCAAAAACGAUUUAAAGCGGCCCCGAUUGCAUGGUAUGUUGGUUGGUUAAACGCCGCUCGGAACAAAUCCGCUGGAGGCCGCGGUACAUUGUAAUUUUUUACAGAUCUUUGUUUUAAGAUUUUGGAUGUAGAUGGCGCGCGCGGCCUCGCGCGGGAAAACACCGAUACAAAGCGCUUUUCGAUUAUACUGUAAUUAUGUUUUUGUUAUAGUAAACUUUUGUAUAGUGUAUAUCGUUGUUAGCCGCGGACCGGCUGAGCUAGCAAUUGCCUGUCUCAUAUCAGUGUAGGAAACUGAUUAUAAUAUCGGCAGUUCGUGUCGAUUUUGUGUAAAUUUGUGUAUAUUUUUACUGUGAUAAAAAGUAUAUAACUAUUAUUCGAUAUAAA